GUUUUUUAAAAUUAUAAUAUAUUUUUAAAUAAUUAUUUUGUUUAAUAUCACCCAAUAAAUUAAUAGAAAGAACAAUAUUACUUAAAUCUAAUUAUUUAUAAUUAUUUGAUUGACAAUGAGACUAGUAAUAAGUGGGAUCCAUUAUUAAUUUAAUAGUUGUCAUAGAUUAUGUCAAUAAAUUAUGUAAACAAAUAAGGUAUAAAUAAUAUUAUUGUAACGGAUAAUCGAAUGACCCAAAACACAAAGAAAUGUAGCAUAUAAGAAUCUACCCAAUUAUCCAAAAACCGACAAACCCGAAAUCAAAUCAGCUUGGAUCCUUUUGGGUUAAUAUCGCCCACACCCCGGUAUCAAUGGGUUUGGGUCAUUAUGGGAUUCAGAUCACCCAUACCCGAGUCCACGGAAAAUGCCCAAUACUAAGAGCUAUAAAUGUGCCCUCUUCCCGCCCAAACCAAAACCAGUUUCUGUCUUCACUUGUCUACCUCUCUCUCUCUCGCACGCAGGCACCAUUGGAAAUGGAUUUGAGCGAUCCCAGAAAAGAGUUAGCAGGUUUCUUAAUACGACGCCAUUCCGAUCGGCUUCGUUCCAUCAUCGUCUCUCCUGACCCUCGCCUUCAUUACCCACUCUAUGUUGAUUUUGCAGAGUUAAUGGAUGACGAUCCACGACUUGCUCACCUCAUUUUCUCCCAACCCACCGAGUACUUACCCUUAUUCGAUGAUUCAGCUAAUUGGGCUCAGAAAGUCGUUUUUAUGGAUUUCAAAGGUUGGGAUGAUGCAAGUGUGAAGGAUUUUGUACAUAUUCGGAUUAAUAUCAGCGGUUCUCCACUGGAAUUCCCUGAAACUUUUCCGAGCAUUGGGCGUGUGAGAGUGAAGCAUCGUGGGAUUCUGCUCACUCUCAAAGGAACUGUAAUUCGGUCUGGAGCAAUUAAGAUGAUUGAAGGGGAGAAGAUAUAUGAGUGCCGAAAAUGUAAACACAGGUUCAAAGUAUAUCCUGAGGUAGAAACUAGAAAUUCCAUACCCAAACCAACUGUCUGCCCCUCCCAGAAGCCUAAAUUUUGUGAAAGCACCAGUUUCCAGCUUAUAGAGGACAGCAACAAAAUAUGUCACGAUUACCAGGAAAUUAAAAUCCAAGAAAGUACGCAAGUGUUGGGUGUUGGGGCUAUCCCUCGUUCGAUUCCCGUCAUUCUGAAAAAUGAUAUUGUCGACAUUGUUAAAGCAGGAGAUGAUGUGAUUGUUACUGGGGUUUUGACAGCAAAAUGGUCCUCAGAUAUGAAGGAUGUACGAUGUGAUCUUGAUCCUGUAUUAAUUGCUAACCAUGUGAGGAGAACAAAUCAGCUAAAGUCAGACAUAGAUAUCCCUGAGGAUGUUAUUAACAAAUUCAAGCGGUUCUGGUCCGAUUUCAAAGAUACCCCAUUAAAAGGGAGAAAUGCUAUUCUACGGGGUAUCUGCCCUCAAGUUUUUGGACUCUUCACUGUGAAGCUUGCAGUUGCCCUGACACUUAUUGGAGGUGUCCAACAUGUUGAUGCUUCCGGGACAAAAGUUCGCGGGGAGUCUCAUUUGCUACUUGUCGGCGAUCCAGGUACUGGAAAGUCCCAGUUCUUGAAGUUUGCUGCUAAAUUGAGCAACAGAUCUGUUAUUACAACUGGGUUAGGUAGCACCAGCGCUGGAUUAACUGUUACAGCAGUCAAAGAUGGAGGAGAAUGGACGUUAGAAGCUGGGGCCCUCGUAUUAGCAGAUGGUGGUCUUUGUUGCAUAGACGAAUUCGAUAGCAUGAGGGAACAUGACAGGGCAACUAUCCAUGAGGCAAUGGAGCAGCAGACUAUAAGUGUAGCCAAGGCGGGUCUUGUAACAACCCUCAGUACAAGAACAGUCGUCUUUGGUGCCACGAAUCCCAAGGGACAGUAUGAUCCUGAACAAUCUUUGUCUGUCAACACCACUCUCUCUGGACCCCUGUUAAGCAGAUUUGAUAUAGUCUUGGUCCUAUUAGACACAAAGAACCCAGAGUGGGAUGCAGUUGUUUCCUCUCACAUUCUUGCUGAGGCAAGACCUGAGAAAGGCAACUGUAAUGAAGAUCUGGAAAAAAUCUGGCCACUUCCCAUGCUUAGAAGGUACAUUCACUUUGUUAAAGGAUACUUUAGACCAGUCCUUACAAAGGAGGCUGAAAAAGUUAUUUCAAGCUAUUAUCAACUCCAAAGAAGAUCUGCGACUCAAAAUGCAGCAAGGACCACUGUGCGAAUGCUGGAAAGUUUGAUACGACUUGCUCAAGCACAUGCAAGGUUUAUGUUCAGAAAUGAAGUCACUCUGUUAGAUGCCAUCACCGCCAUUUUAUGCAUUGAAUCAUCAAUGACUACCUCAGCUAUAGUGGACAGUGUUGGGAAUGCCUUGCACUCCAAUUUUACUGAAAACCCUGAUGGAGAAUAUGCCAAGCAAGAAAGGAUAAUCCUGGAGAAGCUGACUUCCAUUGAUGAAUUCCCGGACAUAUAACAGCAUUGAAGGAUCAAUAAGUGGGUGAGGUUGUAGAAAACACAAGCAUCCAAGUUGAUUUGGUCAAGUCCAUUUCACUUAGCUGCUUGUGAGAGUGGAGGUAUUCCAUACUGAAUGGCUGUACAAUGUUGUAUUUCUGAGAUUUCAUGCACUGUUUAAACAGGUGAUAUGAUAACAGUACUUUUGAAUCUCUCUCUCUCUCUCUGGGUUUGCAUGUAUGUGUGUGUGUGUGUGAGAGAUUAUUCAGGCUGAUGAUAUAGCAUUAUGCCGUCUAUGUAGCACACCAUUAGCCUGAACAUUUUCAUUUUCAAUUUGAAUGUCUUCCCUUGCAGCCUGAAACUAUGCCCAAUCUACUUCAGAUGUUGUUAUGAGAUGGGAAAUUUUGAUGCCUGGCCACAUCGGCUUUCCUAACCUGAUCGGUGUGAUAUUUAUAGGUGUGUCUUCCAGGUGCCACCAUGGGUGUGCAAGCAUUUUAACUUUUAUUUAUGAUUAUUUAUUUUCUUUUUGUGUAAAAAGGUGAUGUAAAUGUAUUUGACUGCUGAUAUACAGAGAAGGGCUAUGUAUUACUGCUCUUUAUUUGUAGCAAAUCAUCAAAUGUUUUGGCAUUCUGACAGAAAUUUGGAAUUAUUCUUAAUCUCUCCCCCUUCAUAAUGUAUUAGCGUUGCU